UUUGGAACAUUAAAAAAGAAACAUUCUAAUUGGGUUCCCAUAAGUUCCUUGUUUUUGGGAAGAUCUUCCGUUUUCAUGUUUGUUUCUCCUUGUCUGAAAAUGUGAUGAUUUGAAACUGAAAAAACACACAAUCUGGUUGGAUUUCGGAUAUUAAUGAACGGCCAAUUAUUAUUAUAUCAUCUAUGAAGAAGAAGGAGACUGUGUGUUCAGCGCCUGAGAAUGAUUCUACUUCUUCUCCACAACAAAUCAUCUUACAGAUGGAAUGGCAGAUCUUGUUAAUUAUGGAAAUCUUGAACGUGACAUUGAACAGGCGCUUAUUACUUUGAAGAAAGGUACUCAGUUAAUCAAGUACAGUCGGAAAGGAAAGCCAAAAUUUUGUCCUUUUAGAAUUUCUUCUGACGAAACAACACUGAUUUGGUUUUCCCGUGGCGAGGAAAGGAAUUUGAAGCUUUCUUCCAUCUCACAUAUCAUCCCUGGACAGAGAACCGCCGUUUUUAGGAGAUAUUUGCGUCCUGAAAAAGAGUAUUUAUCUUUUUCCCUUCUUUAUAAUAGUGGUGAAAGAUCUCUUGAUCUGAUAUGCAAGGACAAAGUUGAAGCAGAGGUGUGGUUUGCAGGCCUCCAGGCAUUGGUUUUGACGCGUCAACGUGCUAGGCGUAGUAAAAGUGAUCUUUCUGAUUUCACUGAUGGUGGUAGCGUUCAGAAUUUUCGUCCUUUUGGUGCAGCGCUAGAGGUUACUUCAAGUAUUCCUCGUAGUCUUUACACAAAGUCAGUAGGUGACAGUUAUCGAGAAUCUACUUCGAAUUUCAGAAGCUCGGAUGUGGGGUCAGACCGUGCAAGUAUUCCUCGUAGUCAUUACACAAAGUCAGUAGGUGACAGUUCACGAGAAUCUACUACGAAUUUCCGAAGCUCGGAUGUGGGAUCAGACCGUGGAAGUAUUCCUCGUAAUCAUUACAUAAAGUCUGUAGGUGACAGUUCACGAGAAUCUACUACGAAUUUCCGAAGCUCAGAUGUUGGAUCAGACCGUGGAAGUAUUCCACGUAAUUAUUACAAAAAGUCAGUAGGUGGUAGUUCACGAGAAUAUACUUCGAAUUUUAGAAGCUCAGAUGUGGGGUCAGACCGUGGAAAUAUGCAACCGAGAGCAAGUAACGCAGAUGCUAUACGAAUUAGUGUUUCUAGCGCUCCUAGUAGCUCUAGUCAAGGUUCUGGACCAGAUGAUAUUGAAUCCUUGGGUGAUGUUUAUGUCUGGGGAGAGGUCUGGUGUGAUGGGAGUUUAGUUGAUGGAUCUGUGUCUCCUUCCCUGUCAAAAAUCGAUGUUCUUCUUCCUAAGUCCUUAGAAUCAAAUGUGGUGUUGGAUGUUCAUCAGAUUUCUUGCGGUUUUAGACAUGCUGCACUAGUUACGAGACAGGGUGAAGUUUUUACUUGGGGUGAGGAAUCUGGUGGCCGGCUUGGUCAUCAAAUUGAUUCCGGUUUUAGUCGCCCUCAACUUGUUGAUUAUCUGAUACUCAAUAAUGCAGAGUACGUUGGAUGUGGAGAAUAUCACACUUGUGCAAUAACUAUGGCUGGCGAUGUGUUUACUUGGGGAGAUGGUACCCAAAAUGGUGCACUUCUAGGACAUGGAACUGACAUUAGCCACUGGAUACCCAAAAGAGUCUCUGGUCCUUUAGAAGGAGUACAAGUUUUAUCUGUUGCAUGCGGAACAUGGCACACAGCACUUGUAACUUCUGACGGGAAAUUGUUUACAUUCGGUGAUGGAACAUUUGGUGUUUUGGGGCAUGGCGAUCGAGAAAGCGUUGCGUACCCUAGAGAAGUUGAAUCUUUGGAUGGAUUGAAGACUGUCACGGUUGCAGCUGGAGUAUGGCACACUGCGGCAAUCGUAGAGGUCAUGGGACAGGCUGGUUCAAAUAUCUCGUCUAGGAAAUUGUUCACUUGGGGGGAUGGUGAUACAUACCGCUUGGGUCAUGGAGACAAGGACCCACGUCUGGUUCCUACCUGUAUCCCCUCGCUUAUUGACUAUGAUUUCUACCAAGUUGCAUGUGGAAACUGUAUUACGGUUGCUCUUACAACAUCUGGCCAUGUAUUUACGAUGGGAACUACUGCGUAUGGUCAGGUAGGUAAUCCUCUCUCUGACGGUAAAUUACCUCGUUUGGUACAAGAUAAAUUGGUAGGUGAAUUCAUUGAAGAGAUUUCUUGUGGUGAAUCACAUGUCGCGGUUUUAACAUCAAGAAAUGAAGUUCUCACUUGGGGAAGAGGUGCAAAUGGAAGAUUGGGACAUGGAGAUACUGAAGAUCGUAAGGCUCCAACCUUUGUUGAAGGUUUAAAAGAUAGGCAUGUAAAAAGUGUAUCAUGUGGGUCAAACUUCACGGCGUGUAUAUGCAUUCACAAGUGGGUAUCUGGAGCGGACCAAUCCCUCUGCUCUGGUUGUCGUCAAGCAUUUGGCUUUACUAGAAAGCGGCACAAUUGUUACAAUUGCGGACUGGUGCAUUGCCAUGCUUGUAGCUCAAAAAAAGCACUGAGAGCUGCGUUGGCUCCAACUCCUGGAAAACCACAUCGUGUUUGUGAUUCUUGCUAUUCAAAACUUAAAGCAUCUGAAGCUGGUACUCCGUCAGCUCUUACUACUAAAAAGACGGUUGCACCGCGUCGUUCACUAGAUGGGAGAGAUAGGAUAGACAAGGGAGACAUAAGAUCGUCUAGGUUUUUGUUAUCUCCUAGCCCCGAACCAGUGAAGUUCGUAGACGUUAAAAUGGUUAAGCCAGGGAUGAAAUCUGAGUCUUCUCAGUCAACACAAAUUACUCAAGUUCCAUCUAUCUUUCAGCUAAAAGAUAUUGCUUUUCAGAGUCCACUUAGUGCACUUCAAUUUGCUCUAAAGCCAGUUAUUACGUCAGCACCUCAGCCACCACCUCCACCUCAGUCAGCAGCUCAAACACCAUCAAGACCUUCUUCACCAUACUCGAGGAGGCCAAGCCCACCACGCUCUGGGGCUCCUGUGUUCUCUAAGAGCAUCAUUGAUAGUCUCAAGAAAACAAAUGAACUAUUGAACCAAGAAGUCCUGAAAUUACAAACCCAGGUUAAAAGCUUGAAAGUAAAGUGUGAAUCUCAAGAUGUGGAGGUGCAGAAAGCUCAUACAAAAACUCAAGAAGCAUUGUCUCUAGCUGAAGAAGAAUCUUCCAAUUGUAGAAUAGCCAAAGAAGUAGUCAAGUCAAUCACAAUCCAGUGGAACGACAUGACCGAGAAAUUACCUCCUGAGUUCAGUGAAAAUGAAAUUUUCAAAGCCUUCCAUGCUCAUAUGGAUUCUUUGCUCAAACCAAAUGGAAGCCAUUCUUCAGACUUCUCUUCUUCCUUGACAGCAGAGUGUGUGGAGAAGGAACAGCACCAAAGUACCUCUGAUACCAACUCACCACAGAAAUUGGGAUACAAGAGAUCGUCCAGUUCUGAAAGUGUUUCUCAUCAUAAAGUUGAGAACGGUUCAACAUCUCAGAGCAUGGAAGUGACUGAGCAAUUUGAACCUGGGGUGUAUAUAACUGCUACCAUUAUCGAUGGAACCAAAGUCUUCAAACGUGUUAGAUUCAGUAAAAGAAGGUUUGCGAACCAGCAGGCAGAAGAGUGGUGGAAGGAGAAUAAAGAUAGAGUGUUCAGGAGAUAUAGAUCUCCAGAUAAAGACAAUACCCACACCAGUUCAUCUACGAAUUCAACACCGAAAGAGGAGGAAGAAGCCGCGCCUCCACCUCCGUGACUUUAUAGAGUUUAGAUUGAAUGAUUACAGCGCAAAAUAAUGUUUAGAAUUCUUUAUUCUUUAUUUUCCUCUCAUAGAGUUGUUUAUACCAUUUGCCUCCUACCACUCUAGUACUGUACAGUAGAUGAAGUAUUGAAGAGAAAAUGCCUUCGCCACUGUAAUGUUAUUAUUUGCUUUGGCAUGGAAAUUCGCUCUGCAUCUAAAGGUUGUUUAUUUUGGGGGUAACCAAACAAACUUAAAUU